UUGAGACGUCCAAAUAGCCUCAUAACCGUCGAAGCUGUUAGCAGUCUCCACGAAACGUUAUCCUCUCAUCAGUCUCAUCAGUCUCAUCAGUCGAGGAGGAGCAGAAAAUUGGAAUUCGCAGAUUCUAGAACGAUUUUCUCAGAGAUGGCGCAAGCUUGGCCCAACUUAACGUAUAGUAGUAGGAAUGCAAUUUCGACAAUAGCUUGCGUCAAAGAGGCCGGCGAUCAGGUGGUUCGUCUCCCUCCUCAGACUUCCAGAAAUUCUAGGGUACUCGUUUUAGGAGGAACAGGAAGGGUCGGAGGUUCCACUGCCAUAGCCCUUUCCGAACUCUGCCCCGACCUCCGCAUUGUUGUUGGAGGCCGAAACAGGGAAAAAGGUGCUGCUAUGGUGGCCAAGCUUGGAAACCGUUCAGAGUUUGCUCAAGUCAAUAUUGACGAUACGAAGUCACUAGAAGCUGCAUUACAUGAUACAGAUCUUGUAGUGCAUGCUGCUGGACCAUUCCAGCAAGCUGUGAGAUGUGCUGUGCUGGAAGCUGCUAUACAGACCAAGACUGCAUAUCUCGAUGUAUGUGAUGACACAAACUACGCAUUCAAUGCAAAGUCAUAUAUGAGUAAAGCAGUGGCAGCAAAUAUUCCGGCAAUUACAACUGGAGGAAUUUAUCCUGGAGUGAGCAAUGUAAUGGCAGCUGAGUUAGUUCGUGUGGCUAGACAAGAAACCGAAGGUGAACCUGAAAGGUUAAGAUUCUCAUAUUAUACAGCAGGCACUGGUGGUGCUGGGCCAACAAUAUUGGCAACUAGCUUUUUACUUCUUGGUGAGGAUGUUGUUGCCUAUAGAAAAGGUAAGGAAGUCAGGCUAAAGCCCUACACUGGAAUGCUCAAUGUUGACUUCGGGAAAGGAAUUAAAAAGAGAAAUGUUUACCUCUUGAACUUGCCAGAGGUGAGAAGUACCCAUGAGAUUCUAGGAGUGCCAACUGUGAGUGCAAGAUUCGGGACGUCACCAUUCUUCUGGAAUUGGGGAAUGGAAGCUAUGACUUAUCUUCUUCCUAAGGAGUACCUAAGGGACAGGAAUAAAGUACAGCAGUUGGUUAAACUAUUCGAUCCAGUUGUUAGAGCAUUUGAUGGAUUUUCUGGAGAACGUGUGUCAAUUAGGGUGGAUUUGGAGUGUUCAGAUGGUCGCAACACAGUAGCUAUAUUUACUCACAAAAAACUUUCCCAAUCGGUAGGAAUUUCGACUGCAGCUUUUGCACUUUCUAUCCUUGAAGGAAGUACACAACCUGGAGUUUGGUUUCCAGAAGAGCCUGAAGGGAUUGCUAUUGAUGCAAGGGAAACACUUCUGCAACGUGCUUCACAAGGAACUCUCAACUACAUCUUCAACAAGCCUCCAUGGAUGGUGGAAUCAAAUCCGAAGGAGGUUGGAUUAGGGAUUUACGUAUGAUCAUGAUCAUGAUCAUGAUCGACCUGUGACCCGAUCUCCUCUUCAUAUAUAAUAAAUAUUCGCAAAUUAAUAGCUCAAUUUUCCUCUUUGAAAAUUGUAUGGCUCUGGUUAUAAAGGGCAUUGAAUUCUGCAGAGUGAUUCAAUUUCAAAGGUGCUUUUCUCUCUUUUGGCUGUAUGAUUAAACUCAUAACUAAUUUCCAAGUUGUCAAAUAUAAUUUAUCUACUUAAGAUCAUCAUGUUUACUUUUUAUAUAUGUAUUAAUCAUAAUAAAUAUAGAGAGAACCUUAAUUGGGAUA